AUGACCUCAGGUGAUCCAUCUGCCUUGGCCUCCCAAAGUGCUGGGAUUACAGUUGUGAGCCACCGUGCCUGUUCAGAAACAUGACAUUCUUUUUAUCCUGUGGAAAGGGGCCAGAGCCAUUUGUUCACAUUUCAUCAAUAGGCUAGUGCACUAGGAGAUGGAAAUGGGAAGCUGAGGGCUGACUGGUUAUUAUGGUCAAAAUCUCUCUAGAGGAAGCUCUACAGAGAAGAAUGUCAGAUGCAGAAGAAGCUCCCGGAGAAGCAACAGGAGAAAAUGGAGAAACAGAAAUGAAAGAAGAGGAGGAACCUAAUCCAAAUUAUAAAGAAGUAGAAAAUCUACAACAGGAAUCAAAAGAUGACACAUUAGCAUGGAGAGAGUCUCAGGAGGAGGAGAGGAAAAUGGGUGAGGAGGAAGGGGAGGAGGAGGAGGAGAAGGAGGAGGAGGAAGAGAAGGAGGAGGAGGGGAAGGAGGACAAAAAGAUUGUCAUGGAAGAAACUGAGGAAGUGGCUGGAGAAGCCCAGGAGAAGGAGGCUUCAGGAAUACAGGAAGAAACCACAGUGGAGCCCCAAGAAGUCACAGAGUCCAUGAUCCAUUUGGAGACACAGAUUACCGAUUCCCAGUCAAUCACAUCAGGAAUUUUCCCAAAAACCCGAAGAGGUAGCAAGUCAAAGCCUUCCUUACAAUUGGAGGAUGCAGAAACAGAUGAGCUUUUAAGAGGCCUAAGCACACAACUUGAAUUUCUUGAUUUGGAUCAAAUCAGUCCUGAGGAACAACAAAUUAGUUCCCCUGAAAGGCAGCCCUCAGGAGAGCUUGAGGAGAAAACCGACUGGAUGCUCCAAGACGAACUGGGACGAGAAAGAAGGGAUUUGGAGCCAGAAAACAGAGAUGAGGGACAAGAAAGUAGAGUAUCCAACAUCCAGUCUGAAGCAGGGAUCUCCAGGGAGUCACUGGUGUCCAGCACCACAGAGGACAUUCUGUUCGAAAGGGAUGAAAGUGCCCCGGUGUAUCCCUUGACCAUGACCUGGUCAUUUGGAUGGAACAGUUCUCUUCCUGUUUACUAUAUUCGAGAGGAAAAGCAGAGAGUUCUUCUGUAUGUUUGCGCUCACACUGCGAUCAUCUACAACGUGUUGAGGAAUAAUCAACACCACCUUCAGGGCCAUGCCAAUAUUAUCUCCUGCCUCUGUGUCAGUGAAGACAGGCGGUGGAUCGCCACAGCAGACAAAGGGCCAGACUGCCUGGUGAUUAUAUGGGACUCCUUCACAGGUAUUCCUGUGCACACAAUAUUUGACAGCUGCCCCGAAGGGAACGGCAUCAGGGCCAUGGCCAUGACCCAUGACGCCAAGUAUCUGGCAACCAUCUCAGAUGCUGAAGUCCAGAAGGUGUGCAUCUGGAAGUGGACUUUGGCAGUGGAAACACCAGCAUGCACUCUCGAACUCCCCAAAGAGUACGGUGUUCAGAACUACCUUACUUUUAACCCAACAAAUAAUAAAGAAUUGGUGAGCAAUAGUAAAACACAGGCAAUAUAUUAUGCAUGGUAUGAAGAGAGGGAUACACUGGCUCACAGCGCCCCACUUUUAACAGAAAAAACCUUCAACAAGCUUGUGGGAAAGUUUAGCCAGUCCAUCUUUCACUUGAAUUUAACACAAAUACUCUCAGCAACAAUGGAAGGGAAGCUGGUUGUCUGGGACAUACACCGCCCACCCUCAUCUGCCUCCACCUUUUUGGGCUUUCCCUAUAUCAAGCCUUGUAAAUUGGUUCAUUUGCAGAAAGAGGGCAUCACUGUGCUUACUACAAUUGAUAGCUACAUUGUCACAGGUGACAUUAAGGGUAACAUUAAGUUCUAUGAUCACACCCUGUCUAUUGUUAACUGGUACAGUCACUUGAAACUGGGCGCCAUAAGAACUCUGUCCUUUUCAAAGACCCCAGCAAACCCUCCUACCGAAAAAUCAAACUAUCCUCCUGACUGCACUUUAAAAGGUGACCUUUUUGUCGUAAGGAAUUUUAUCAUUGGAACAUCUGAUGCCGCGGUGUACCACUUAACAACAGAUGGGACCAAACUUGAGAAGUUAUUUGUAGAGCCCAAGGAUGACAUUUGUGCCAUCUCCUGCCACCCCUAUCAACCCCUCAUUGCCAUCGGGAGCAUCUGUGGGAUGAUCAAAGUGUGGAAUUAUGAAAACAAACAAUAUCUUUUCAGCAGGGUUUUUGAGAAGGGGCUUGGAGUCCAGAGUCUGACCUACAACCCGGAAGGAGCCCUUCUUGGAGCUGGUUUUACAGAGGGGACAGUUUACAUUCUUGAUGCAAUGUCUUUAGAAAAUGAAAGCCCAGAGCCUUUCAAAUAUUCCAGAACCAGUGUGACUCAUAUAAGCUUUUCCCAUGACUCCCAGUAUAUGGCAACUGCUGAUAGAAGUUUUACUGUGGCUGUUUACAUGCUGGUGGUCAGAAACGGACAGAGGGUCUGGGAGUACUUAGCAAGACUUCGUUCUCAUCGCAAAAGCAUUCGAAGUCUCCUGUUUGGGGUUUACCUGGACAGCAAUGAGCCUAGACUGCUGAGCCUUGGGACAGACAGGCUCUUGAUAGAGUAUGAUCUUCUCAGGAGCUACAAAGACUGCCUGGAAGUCCUGGACAUUCACCGCACAGACCAGGGCUGCUAUCCCACCUGCAUGGUCUGGUACCCACCACUCACCAGGGAACUCUUCCUGCUUAUUUGCAACAGUGGCUACAAAGUGAAGCUUUUUAAUUCUACCACCAAAAUGUGCAGAAAGACGCUUAUGGGGCCAGCUUAUGGUUCCCCUAUUGAGCAAACACAAGUCCUCCCAGUGAGAAGCAUGGCAGAGCUACAGAAACGCUACUUGGUGUUUAUUAACAGAGACAAGGUUGGACUUCAGAUCUUACCAGUUGACGGCAAUCCACAUAAGACAUCUGCUAUUGUUUGUCACCCAAACGGGGUGGCUGGCAUGGCCAUUUCCUAUGAUGGCCGCUACGCCUUCACCGCAGGAGGGCACGAUCGCUCUGUGGUGCAGUGGAAAAUCACCUUAAGGGCAUUUGCUUAUGAGCUCAGGAUCUUCCCUAAUAAAGAGGGGACAAGCACCCACACUGUCCUCUCAUCUACCCAAAUUCAGCGUGCUGCCGCAGGGCAGAGUCAACCACGUGGCAGCCGGUUCCUGUUCCUGACCACUUCUCCAAGCUCCUGCGCUGCCUGUGGCUCGCCUGGGCCUCUCUCCUGGCAGUGUGACGUUGAGGAGCAAAAACAGCUCAGAGGCACCUUCCUUCCUCACAGAACAAACCUGAUUCCUGGCUGCCAGCACAGUGUACCCCCUGCCAUCUGCCAAGUGCACAUCUUUCUUUUUAUGGCGGAUAUUGAAGCUUCUACUCUUAACCUGAAUAUGAGCAAAAAUAGCCAGUUAAAUCUGCUUUGGAACCACGGUGUUUGAGAUUGCACUUGCAGCUCUGACUUCCACCCCGCCUUCACCUGAGAGAGCAGGUCAUGGGAACUUGGGGAUUUAGGAGCUGGAGGUGAACUCUCCCAUUGAAAAGGGAUCACGGCCUCAGGAUGGCUGCCUGGUUCCUUGCUCCCUGGCUUGUUGCCUGGAACCAUGGGGACAAGGCACACCUUGUGGGGACAAGCAGAACCUUCCUUUCUAUUUGUUGUUGUUGAGACAGGGUCUGACUCGGUCACUCGGGCUGUAGUACAGAGGAGUGAUCGUGGCUCACUGCAGCCUCGAACUCCUGGGCUCAAACGAUUCUCCUGCCUCAGCCUCCUGAGUAGCUGGGACCACAGGCACAUGCCACUGUGCCUGGCUAACUUUUAAAAAAUUAUUUUUUUGUUGAUAGAGAGUCUCACCAAGCCUAGGCUGGUCUUGAACUCAUGGGCUCAAGCCUUGGCCACCCAAAGUGUUGGGAUUACAGAUGUGAGCCACUGCACCCGGCUAGAACAUUCUAAAAUGUUUGUUUUCUUCUCAGUCGUCUUGGGAUCUGGAAUGGUAGAAAUUUAAGAAAAAGAAAAAAAGGUCUCUGCUUUCCAAUAGCUUUCGCCUGGCCAGAGUCCAGGCUUCUGAGAAUUUCAAUUUAAUCUGUGGUGGGGACAAAGGAUUAUUAUAAACUAAUUAGCACUUCAUUGCUGCUUCUGGUGACUUAAUAUGAUCAGCACUUCACUAACGGAAAGAAAUGUAAAAACCUAAACAAGUAACCAACAAAAUUUCCUACUAGAGUUACUGACGAUGAGUUGUAGGGGAGAUAAAAAUGAUAAAUCCCCUCACGUUCGAUCAUUUCAGUCAGUGCCCCCCUUGGCCCCAACUGCUACCAUCACAGUCUAUGGCACUUCUGCCCCAGGAGAGCCCCUUCCAUCCCCUCUCUCAGGGUUCAUUCCGCACUCCCCUUCUGCCCCUCCAUGCUAGCAUGCCACCCUUUCUCCUCUCCUUGUCUGGCAUCUGUUUCAAAAUCCCUCAUUACUUCUUUGUGCUCAGCCUCCCUGCCUCCUGUCAUCCUGCUGCCCUGCUCAGCCAAGAGCAGAGACCCUGAUUUGAAUCCUAGCUAGUCACUACCUGCUUGCUGGAUGAUGCCAGCCAAGUCCCUUCACUUCUUGGAGCCUCAGUUCCUCCAGCUGUUAAAUGGGACUCCUCCCACCAAGCUGAGACCAUUCCUCCUCCGCCUCCUGCAGGGAGCGUUGACAGAGUACCUACUGUGUGCUUGCCACAGGGCUGAGAACUCUAGCUCCUUCCCAGAAGUACUGUGUGGAUUGCUGGGCACAGAGCAGGUUUUCAGUAAGUGUCAUUUCCCUUUUCUGCCCUAAUGACCUCUUUUCUGUUGCAAGUGUUAGAAACACAAAUUAGGCAAAAGGGAACAUAUGAGAAGGUCAUUGGGAUCACAUGUAGCUACACCGCAGGAAGGUCAUGGACAGCGGCACACUUGUGCCCUCAGCACUUACUGUCCUCUUGGCCCUGCUGUUGGCUUCAUUCUCUGCAGAACUGGGUUUCCUUACUCAGCAGGAAGAUGGCCGCCCACAGUUCCCAGAUUUCACAAAUUAGAACUCUCACCACAGACAGAGGGCGUCUCUUUCCCAGCGUGGGUUGGAGAAAUCCCAGUGCAGCCCCCGGUCCCCUCUGGGGUCAGUUGAUGGUGGCCAGGAGGCAGGGGAUGUAGUGGAACUCCGAACACCGGGGCGGGAGCCGCAGGCUGUUCCCAGAGGACCAGGUGCUCUUGCCAGCCUUUCCCCUCAGGGGCUCCUGGUGGGGACAGGUUCCUCUCUGUCACUUCCGGUCUUUACCUGGCCCUGCUCCAGAGUCACAUGGCAAAAGUGGCCUUGCCACUCACGGAGCUUGUCGGGAUUGGGCCUGGGCCUGGCCUGGAGGCCACAGAGAGGGAGCCCUCUCGGCUGGACACUUGCCUCCAUCGCCUAAUAUUCGAGCUGAGAAGUGGGGAAGACACAGCCCUUCUGGAGGGGCCCUCAGGCACCCCUGGAGAAUACCCAGGUUCCUCAGACCUUAAGCCAACCCGUGGGCUUAUGCAUGCCUCGGUGAGAGGACCCAGGACAGUGCGUAGCAAACUCUUCCUAAGAAAGGUGUAAGUGCGGCCAAUACCCAUUUUCCACGGCCGCAAUAAUCCCAACCACUUGUGCUGAGUUUUCUCAGGGCCGGGGCCUACACUGAGUGAGUUCCAUGCAUCAUCUGAUUUCAUCCUCAGCCAUCCUGGGGAUGGAUGAUAUGGAUGAUAUCCCCAUCAAACAUAUCAAGAAGCUAACUCCAAGGGGUCUGAUGACUGCCCAACAAUGGAGGAGGCAGUGGGGCUGGGAUUCACAGCCAGGGCUUUCUAAGUCCACCGCACACCUUAACAAACAUUCAUUACAGGAGGAAAAUAAAGGACUUUGUCUCCAA